AUGAGCUUCUUCGGCUUACACUUUCAACUUAAUUCAUUGACAUUGAACAUUUCAAAUAUGGCAAAAAAGUCUUUAUCAGAGCAAAUUUCUAGUUUAUAUACACCAAAGACUGAUUAUGAUAUUGAGGAUCAUGAUUUAGAUGUAUCUAAAGACAAUGGCAUUUUUCAGCAUCAUGACGGUGGUUCUGAAAACGAAUCUGAAGACGAGGAUACUGGCUUAAGAAAUGAGCAUUAUGUUGAAUCUUCAAAAUCAAAGUUGAGACAACAGAAUGAAGGUGUGAACUUGGGGGAAAAAUACGUGGGCAAUGUCACAAGCAGAAGCAAAUUGUAUGACGAUGAGGAUGACAAACAACCAACAGAAGCUAGCUCCGGAGAGGAGUUAGAUGCUGAAUCAGCGGAAGAAGAAGAGGAUGAAGAAUCUGAAGAUGUAGCAGAUGAUGAUGAAGAUGACCAAGAGUCAGAUCGCAGUAGCUCAAGUGAUGCAGAGAAUGACGAGGACGAGAACAUUUCACACAAAAGGGAAUUAUUAAAACAAUUAAUGAGCAAAGAGAGAAGUCACAUCGUUAACAGAUUAUCCCAAUCAGCAACAAAUGAUGCAUUAAAAGGUUAUUCAAUACAACAGCAAAACAAAACUUUUGAAAAAAUCAUUGAUGUGAGGUUGAAAUUUCAGAAAUCGGUAACUUCAAGUAAUAUGUUACCUAUAAAUACAAGUACAUAUUCAGAAACCAAAUCUGAAGAUAGCGAUGAAUUAGUGACUAAAGCCAAGAAACAAUUGUAUAGUUUGUUGGAUCAUUUAUUCACACUUAGAAACGAACUAGACGAAAGUACCUCAGUCAAGACCCCCAAAAAACGAUCAUUUGCUAAAUAUUCGGAGGUUACAUCUGCUGCAGAUGCACAAUUGAAUUCCCGUCGUAACCAAAUAUUAACCAAGUGGUCAGCUAAAGUUGCCAAUUCAUCCGGUAGAAAUGCCAUGAAUGCUAAUAAAUUCAAAACUAUAAACCAAUCUUUUGAACAACAGGUUAACAACAACUUGUCUGACAUGGAUAGAUUAAUCAAAAGAACAAAAUUGAACCGAAGAAACGUAACUCCCAUUGGUUAUACCACCAAAGAGGAGGAUGAUCAUGAAAAUGGCAAUAAAAACAAAUCUAUCGACGAGGACGACGACGAUAUUCCCGAAGAUACUUCUGUUCGUAAGAAAACCCAAGGCUUGGAAAAUGAUUAUAUAUUUGAUGACGAAGAUUUCUAUAGAGUAUUGUUGAAUGAUUUAGUCGACAAGAAAGUGCAAACAAGUGAUCCAACAUCAGGUAUAACUAUCAGUUUAAGAGCUGCUCAAAAGUCCAAUAAAUUGAAAAAUAAUGUUGAUACAAAAGCAUCUAAAGGUAGGAAAUUGAGAUAUCACGUGCAAGAACCAAUUGCUAAUUUUGAAACUUCAAGAGGCAGCUGGAGAUGGAAUGAUGAUCAAAUUGACGAGUUUUUCGCAUCUUUAUUGGGCCAAAAGGUCAAUAUGAAUGAGAUAGAUGAUGAACAAGAAGAAGAACAAGAGAAUGAUGAUAAUGAUAUUAUUCCAGAGGAUAACGGAAUCCAGUUGUUUGGUUAA